UGGUUCAUGACAUAGCAGCAGAUCAGAAAUGUACCCGAAACCAUUCAGUGCUUUAUAAACCAACAGGAGGAUUUGGAAAUCUACUUUAUCAGACACAAACAACCAACAAUAGACAAUAGACCAUGAGCAAUCACUUUGAAAGAGAGUAUCGUCAAAAACAGGCUCCCCGCUGAAAGCCGGUCAGCUGUAUUUUAACCAAUCAUGUGCCGUCUACCUCUGACGCCCAGGGGCUUCAGCAACUCACGUCCUCCAUGACGAUAACCGCCUCCAGUGCCGCUGCUUUCAAAGGCCUCCGCGAAGCUCUGAUUUCUCGAAUUCAGCGUCUGAGCGACUGAUGUGACGGUUUUGAUUUUUCACAAAUUCAACGCGAGCGUGGCAACACAGCUGAUCAGAGUUCCUGUUGGCUAAUUCAAUAGGCAGUAUAAGCCAGAGAAAUGUUAUAGUGCAAGAGAGUGGACAAAAAGUUACAUAACAUAAUGCGCGUAAACUUUCCCUAUUUGUGAAGCUAUGUUUUCCGAUUCGUUCUAAAGUACAAGAAGGCAGCAUCGGUCCUCCGCUGUGCUGUGAUAUUGAGAGGUCAUACAUUUCCGAAAAACAAACACAGCAAACCAGGAAAGCCAGGAUGUCUGGAGAGUUGUCCCUCAACAUAAACAUCAAGGAACCGAGAUGGGACCAAGGCACAUUUAUGGGCCGCGCCCAGCACUUCUUCAUGGUCACAGAUCCCAGGAAUGUCCUUCUGUCUUCUGAGACGCUGGAGGAGGCCCGAGUCAUUGUGCAAGACUACAGAGCUGGGAAGGUGAAACCUGGCCUGACGGAGGAUGAGCUCUGGAGGGCCAAGUACAUCUACGACUCAGCCUUCCACCCCGACACAGGGGAGAAGAUGUUUGUGAUUGGCCGGAUGUCUGCUCAGGUGCCAAUGAACAUGUCCAUCACAGGCUGCAUGCUCACCUUCUACAGGACGACUCCAGCAGUGGUGUUCUGGCAGUGGGUUAACCAGUCCUUCAACGCUGUCGUCAACUACACCAACCGCAGUGGAGAUGCCCCCAUGACUGUGAAUCAGCUUGGUGCAGCCUAUGUCAGUGCUACUACUGGAGCUGUGGUCACUGCGCUGGGACUCAAGUCUCUAGCCUCGCGUCUCCCUCCAAUUGUCAGUCGGUUUGUCCCCUUUGCUGCUGUUGCUGCUGCUAACUGUAUCAACAUUCCCUUCAUGAGACAGAGGGAGUUGAAGUACGGUAUCCCUGUGACAGAUGAGAACGACAACAGGUUAGGAGAGUCUCCCAAUGCUGCCAAGCAGGCCAUCAUGCAGGUGGUGGUGUCAAGGAUCGGAAUGGCAGUGCCAGCAAUGGCUAUUCCCCCUGUCAUAAUGAAUGCUCUGGAGAAGAGAGCCUUCAUGAAGCGAUUCCCAAUUUUAAAUGCCCCAGUCCAGGUGGGGCUUGUCGGUCUGUGCCUGGUGUUUGCAACUCCACUGUGCUGCGCCCUAUUCCCGCAGAAAAGCUCUAUGAGCGUGAGCGGGCUGGAACCAGAGCUGCAGGAGAGGAUACGACAGGCCAGUCCCAACACCACCACCGUCUAUUUCAACAAGGGCCUGUAGUACCAGCCAACACAUCUCCAUGCACAAGACAUACAGACACAUACACACACAUACACACGUCUGUUGUCCUGUGGGCACAAGUAGGAGGGCAAAACAAAUUUUAUUUAUGUAUUUUUUUUGUUGGUAUGUGUACUGCUGCAUUUUUUUAAAUGGAUGGAGCUGCUCAAAGUUUAAGAGGAGAGGAUUCACUGAAGGGAAAGCAAAACAGUUCAAGAAGGACGAUCAUAGGUAUCUCUGCAAAUAGAAGGUGCUCCUUUAAAAAAGAAAAACUCUCCUGGAUUUUUAUAUUGUUUCACUGUGUGUUUUCUGUCUUCCUUUGGUCAAAACUGCCUACAGCAUGGCAGUUCAUGAAGUUACUGAUAUGUGUCUCACUCACCAAUAUUUCAUGUUGCAUUCAGGUUCAUCAAGUUUGAAGUUCUCUGCUAAAUUAUUCGAAACUCCAGUUUAGAAUGAAGGCUUGUGCUUGUAAGUCGAUUAUGUUCUCAUUCUGAUUGUAACAUAAUCUCUAAUCUUUUUUUUUUUUGCCUUGUGUCCUCACUCUCAAAGAGUUCAUCUUUUAAAUCCUUGACUGGUCAUCGUUACAUUAUUCUGUUUAGCAAAUUCUUAUUAUAAGCUAUUACACAAGACAAGUUCACCUUAAGAUGAUAAUUGUCUCACCCUCAUGCUGAAGGAAAGUCAGGCAGUUUUGUAGUCCUCAAAACAUUUCUCGAGCUUCAAAGCAAACAGCAUUGCAGUGUUCACUGACGUAGAUGGAUUGAGGUAGUUCGCACUUUUUAGCUUGGAGGCGAAGGUGAAGAUUUCAGGUUUAAAGCUGCAAUGUGUACAAAUUUUAGUUUCAGACAUUCCAAAGUGAACUAAAAUUACAUCAGAAUGCCAGUGUGACCAAUACUUGCGUAUCGCACCUUUUUUAAAAGGGGUGUAAAUAACAGCUUUGGAGUUUGGGAUCUCGGGGCUUCUUGGUUUAUGACUUGUAUUGAUUUUAUGUUUUUUUUUUAUGUUUCUUUUUUCAUUUCUUUAUUUUCAUCUACUCCAUAAAUGCUUUCUGUACAACAUAAGUCAAACACUUGUCUUUCCAUUGGCAUGAGGCUGAGGGACACUGACUGACAAUUUUCAGUUAUCCUUUAAGACUGCCUCAUUAAGAUUCUUGCCAACUUCCACUGUGUAGUCACACCAGAAAAACCAGUGUGUGGAUGAGCUCUACAUAGUCUCUCUAACCCUUCAUGAAUAAGUUCCUCUUUGGUUGUCCUUCUUGUUAACAGGUGUGGCUUCUUACUCUCUUCAGCUCUCCUUUAAGUGUACUUACUAUGCUCCCUUCAUAUUCAUAGACCAGGUGAUGAGGUGCUAGGUAAAUGUAGUUAAGGCGAUAUGUAGGACAAUACUGCAAAAGCUCAUUAAGCACAGUCACAAAGUACAUGAGUGAACACUAAUGUGUGUAAUUAUCAUCAGCGUAAAUGUUUACCAUGGCCUUUUUGUUUUUUUUUAAAUUUGAGAUCACUUUAUGAGAUAAUGCAGUCAAUAUAUUCAGUGGCAUAUUAAUGAAUUAUUUGAUUGUUGUAGGUGGUAGUGAUUGUUUGGUGAACGCAUAUAUAGUGUUGUGUGUACAUGUUGUUCAGAGAGCUUGGAUCUGAGCUGAAACUUAAUGGGCAGUUUGUGUGUUUUAAGACAGCGACGUGCAGAAAUCUUUGCAAAUUUUUGGUUUAAUAUUCACACUUGAAUUGAGGGAUUGCAUGAGCCGCCUCAGAGAAGUCUAAUUUAAGAUCCUGAGAGUCGGAGGUUAGUGGUUUUAUGUGCAACAGCUCACUAGCCUUCUGCAAAACUUUGGUUUGCACUAUGGCUGUUGAUGGUACCAAAUAAAAGUAGCAGAUGUUGCACCACCCAAAGCACGUAGAGCUGUUAGUCCCAGGAACUUCCUUUAAGGAACUAAAAGGUUCUUUUAGCCCGUUGGCACCUGCAUUUCCUCCACAGUCUGAAGACCCGUGAUAGUGACCCGUGACAUCUGAUAAAGCGACAGCUGUUUAUACACGUCAUCUUGUUAACAUGACUAAUUCUCACUGAGGCUUGGAUAUUUUCAUCGGUUCAUCUGUCAUGUGCUUUCCCCCAUGUUACGCCAUGUUGAUGUGUUGAAGCACAAUGAACAAAAAACAAGUGCCAGAAGUCGACCAAUCAGAAAUGCCAACUCCAAAGUUCCUGUAGCUUAGGAAAGUACUACCUAUUUCAACAGGGUCUUUUUGGGGGGUAAAACAAUGUCCCCAGAUUUUAAAGUAGACUGCGCUUCUUGUUGGGGAAAUGCACUGACAUCCCCCAAAUGUUCAGAGUCCUAAAUGCGGCUAUUCACAAGGUCUCCAAACACACGACUGUCCAGUGUCCUUCGGUAGUGAUAGAUGGGGUACAUGAGGUAAUACCAGCUGAAGCUAUCCCAGUGUUGUCUGUCUGGAUUAUGUAUAUGAAUAAGUAUAUUUUUACUGGAUAUAUUUCUGAAUAAAUAUAUAUAUAUAUAUAUAUGAUGCACAAUAUAUGGAGCACAUAUGCAUGAGGGACUUUAGAGACUUUUAAGUUCAAGGUGUGCCUCUGGUGCUGAAUCCACCAGAUGGCCCCAUGUAUGCAUUGGAAAACAAAGUCAGCUGCUUGUGUUGCAGGAGUACAGGAGUACUCGCGCUCUAGGGCUAAUGAGUUCUUUUAGAUUAGAGGAGUGUUCCUCUGGUCCGACUUGAUACAGUGAACACAGUCUCAGAUUAACUGCUAUGAUUACAUGUUUGUGUGACGUGAUGUUUGUGUAUGUCACUCACUAAGAUUGUACCGGUCAUUUCAUCUCCAUCAAGCAUGUUAUCAAACGCAAUGUGGGUGUUAAAGGAUUGUAGCAGCUGCACAACUGUUUUCUGAAUCAACUUAUGUACCAACAGAAAUACACAAUGAUUGUGGUUACGUGUGGUCCUAAAAUUGAGGGGUUUGAUUCCAAAGUGCUGGUCAGUAGAGCUGCAACAGAUUUUUGAUAAGUUGGAGAGCUAUUUCAGUCAUUGAGUGAUCAGUUUGAUAAUGUUUUUUUCUGGGAAAAAAGCUUCCAGCUUCUUCAGUAUGCAUAUUUACAGUAAAUUUGUAGCUUUGGUUUGUGGACAAAAUGAGACAUUGAAUUGCGACAUAUUGGGCUUUAGGAAAAAGCUGAUUUUUCACCAAUUCUAUCAAUUGUAGACCAAACAACCAAUAGAUUAAUUGAGAAAAUCAGUGACAGAUUAAAAAUGUUUUUCAUUUGCAGCCCUACUAGUCAGAUAAUUUCAGAAAAAUGUUGCCACAUUUUAUAAACACACCACAGACUCUAUCCUAAAGAGACCAUCUUGAAACUCUUCUCUCAACUUUAGUAUCAUUCGUCAUUCGUAUUGUCAUACAAACCUGUAACCCACUAUGAAAAGAACUAUUUCUCCAUCAAGACAUUGUUCCUUGUUAUCAGUGCUGAUUGUGGUUAUCAGGUGUUGUGUAUGGGGUGUUUCCCUGCUGAGGCUGAACUGCACUAUUUAACCUUUGCUGUGCUGCUGUAGGAGCUAGUUGGAUUUGCGUUGCAAUUUAAAAGGAGCCUUUUGAAUUGUAUAUUGUAGAUUGUAUUUGUUUGCGGUGCUGGAUAAUGUUGAAUGAACUCGUGUUACUGCUAAUUCAUAUUUCAUUCAUUAUCUGGCAGCUUUCAUUGCUCAUAACCAAGUUUGCUUUUUUUUCCUUUUAUGUUUUCAUCUGCUCUUGAGGUAUGGCGCAGAAGAUUUAAGAACAAAACUGGAGGGUUUUAGUCGGGAUUUAAACACAUUUGUAAAGAUGUAUCUCAGCUUGUGACUUUACUGAACCACCAUAACGUAUCGCACCCAUAGAUCCAGCCAAAGAUGAGACGGGUAUGAAUUGUACAGGAUUGAGAAGAAGUGUGUAGCUUUUUAAAGUUUUCAUUCAGCUUUAUCAUGUGGACCUUUUUGCCAGGCUUUUCUCAUGCAAACAAUGUUUUGUUUCAACCAAAUGUUGUCACAAAGUCACAAAGCAUUGUUAUUAACACAGUUAACAGAUCGAAGAUUUGAUUAAAUCCCAACAAACAUUUUAGUCAAGUUGGAGGACACGCUUUUGGCGUUGAUUUUGUUCGCCAAUUCAGUGAAACCUCAAGAUCAACCUGACCCUGCUCCACUUGACGCCAGUGAAUGUUGGUGCACUGGUUGAAAAACCUUCUGAUUUCAAACUUUGGUAGUUCAUGUCUUUUUAAAGAAACUGUCAGAUCUUUGCAAACUCGAGGCACAAAUGUAAAGACAAUCUCUGUAAUUGUUACACUCCAUGAAUGUUUUGCUUAUUUCACGUUCAUACAACGUACGUACGUGCAGUCCCGUCAGUAUUGGUGCACAGUGUUUUCUCCCCCUAUUUUGUAUUGUGUUUAAAUAUAUUUCCUUGAUGUGAAAUGUAUUUUACUCAGAGCAAUAGAAUAAAAUAUGUAACAUUAAUUUCCA